UGCUCAACAUAGAUAACCCACCGCGUUUCUUGAUCCAAAACCGAAUCUUGACAGAUAUAACUACUGAAUAUUUCUCGUUAUUUUUUGCUACUAUGGCAGAGGUGCUGCACUCACCCUCUUCCUCAUCCUCCCGUUCAAUUUCCACGCCCACACACAAUCACGCGCUGUUUCAGCCGUUUGGAGGUGAUGAGAUAUGUUGUAUAAUGAGAGAGGAAGAACAAGUGGGGGAAAGGGGGGAUAAUGAGAGGAGGGAUCAAGAUCAACUAUCCGUUUUGGCAUUGUUGGUUGCUCUGUUCAGGAAGAGAUUUUGGGUGACUUGCAAGACCGGAAGCGACGGUAUGGAUAUCGGCUGGCCGACCAAUGUGGAGCAUGUUAAUCAUGUGACUUUUGAUAGAUUUGAUGGUUUCUUGGGGUUGCCUGUUGAGUUCGAACCUGAGCUUCUUAGGAGGGCUCCAAGUGCUAGUGCGACUGUUUUUGGUGUUUCUACUGAGUCCAUGCAGCUAUCUUAUGAUCACCGAGGCAAUAGUAUUCCUACUAUCCUCUUGCUUAUGCAAAGGCAUUUGUAUUCUCAAGGUGGCCUUCAGGCUGAAGGUAUUUUCAGAAUAACUGCAGGAAACAGCCAGGAAGAGUUUGUUAGGAACCAACUUAACCGAGGUGUGGUUCCGGAAGGGACUGAUAUACACUGUUUGGCAGGCCUAAUCAAGGCUUGGUUCAGAGAACUUCCAAGUGGGCUACUGGAUUCUCUUUCACCCGAGCAGGUGAUGCAAUGCCGGUCAGAAGAUGACUGUGAUGCGCUCAUAGGGCUUCUACCGCAAACAGAAGUUGCUCUGUUUGACUGGGCAAUCAACCUAAUGGCAGAUGUAGUCCAGCAUGAAAUUUUUAAUAAGAUGAAUGCUCACAACAUCGCUAUGGUAUUCGCUCCUAACAUGACACAGAUGACUGAUCCAUUGACGGCGUUGAUUUAUGCUGUACAAGUUAUCAAAUUCCUGAAGACUCUUAUAGAAAAGACACUACGGGAAAGGGAAGAUUCCAUUGUGGAGCCAUCUUGUGUUCCCCACACGGAGUAUUCUGAUGACAACGGGAACCAGAUCUCUUCAACGCGGUAUCAUGACAGCCUGGCUGAAUCAAAUGAAGAGACCAUAGAGGACUUUGUGGCAGAGGAUCCUGGUUCGGACACUGAUUGGGAGACGAGCCAAGUGGAGAAUGUUAGUGAUGAGGAUUAUCGCAGCCAUUCGACUUGCAGAGUAGAAUCUGAAGAAAGUGUGACUUGUGGAACUCCUGGGGUCGUUAGCAGGAGGAGGCAAGCAGAUGAGUCGAGAAGUGAAGCUGGAGGUUCGGGCAUGAAAAGCAAAAACAAAGGCAAAGGAAGCAGCAACUUGAACCGUAUUAACUCUAUGAAUGAAUGGUUUGAAGGUUGGCGCUAGCCUAGCCUCAUCUAUCUCUAACUUGUCUAAUGCUUUUAGCCUUUUAACCACUUGCUACUAUUUAACGGGAUAUUAUGUCAUUGUGGUUCCACCUUUUAGGUCUUGUUUAUUUUUACUCAAUCCUCAUGCUGUAGAAAUUCAUCACAACUUCAGAGAGUCGAA